AUGGCAUCAAUAGAACAAGAUGAUCUUUUCAAUGUUGGAGAUGAUGAAGAUAUGGAAGAUGAAGAAUUAGAUGUUCCUCAACAAGAAGAUUAUCCUAUGGAAAUUGAAGAAGAAGAGGAAGAACAACCUAAAGAAGAUGUUGAAAUGAACGAAGGUGAAUACGAUGAGGAUCAGGACGAUGAUGAUGAAGGUGAAGGAGAAGACGAAGAUGAGGAGGAAGACGAUGAAGACGAUGAAAAUGGAGGUGAAGAACAGGAAGAAGAAGAAGAGGAAGACGAGGAUGAAGAAGACGAGGAGGAAGAAGAUGAGGAGGAGGAAGAAGAAGAAGAAGAAGAACGUGAACAAAGUACUGGAAAUGUAUCUACUGCAAUUACAUCACCUAGAAGUAAAGAUCAAGAUGAUAGUAAACUAAUAGUAUCUGAAGAACAAGAUCAAUUACCUUCUACAUUAAUAGAAGAAAAUAAAGAUGAAGAUGGUGAUAUACUAUUAGGACAAGAAGCAAGUGAAACCACUGAAAAGCCUCAAUCACAAUCACAACCAAGCAGUGAUGAGUCAAAGUCCACAAAAGAGCAUACUGAAGCAGAAGAAAAGAAAGACAAUAAAGAAAAACCUUCACAACUUCCACAACCAGAACAAAAGGAACAAAAAACCCUACCAAAAGAAGAUGAUAAUACAACUGCCCCAGAAAUCAUACCCGCUAAGGAACCAGAACAACCAUCGACUAUAACAUUAGACAAACAAGAAGGAAGUGACCAACAAGAAGAGAGUAACAAUACCACUGAACAGGCCAAAGAUAAGGAACAACUAAUAGAUGAUAUGAAAGAAUCACAAGAAAAUCUCACAUUUCGAGAAAGAAUUAUUGCUAAAGCACGUAAAGCUACUGAAUUUGAUAUUAUUCCUCAGGUUGCCAUUCCAUAUACUUCACAAUGUCAUUCAUUAGCAUUUACAGAAGGUCCGAAAUGGAUAUUAACUGGUGGAGAGGAUGGAUUUAUUAGAAAAUAUGAUUUUAUUGCAUCUAUUCAAGGGAAAUCUCCAUUAACUAUGGCACAAAAACAUAAUCUUUUAAGUGAUUCAUUAACUAAUGCUGGUGUUAUUUGUUCAUAUUGGGAAAAUGAACAACCUUUAACUAGAAAACAAUUGAUGAAACAAAAUCCAAAAUUAAAAGAUAGUGAUUUUUCAACUGGUAGUGUUAGUUAUGAACCUAAAGUCAAUCCUGUUUAUGCAUUAGAUGCUGAAAGAAAUGGAUAUUGGUGUUUAUCAGGUUUAUUAAGUGGUGGUAUAUCAUUAUAUACUAUGAGAUAUAAUGAAGGUACAAUUCAUCAUUAUUUUCAUCAUGGAUCUAGAGAAAAUCCAAAAAGAGGUCAUAAUGAUGCAGUAUCAGUAUUAAAAUUAAAUCAAGAACAAGAUAAAUUUUUAAGUGGUUCAUGGGAUAAAACAAUUAGACAAUGGGAUUUAAAUACUGGGAAAACUAUAAUUGAAUAUGCUGGAAGUUCUGGACAAAUUUCAAAUAUUCAAUUCCGACCUGAUGGAUUAGGUGAUAUUGUAUUUACUUGUGAAAACCAAUCUUCUCCUUCACCACCACCACCACCACAAAAAGAAGAAACCAAUUCUAUAAAUAAAGAAAAUGAUAAUGAUAAUGAUGAUAUUGAUUCACUUUUCGGAGGCGAUGAUGAUGAUGAUGACGAAGAUAUAGAUAUGGAUAAGUCAGAAAACAAACCUCUUGAAGAAUCACUUCGUAAAGCUGAAGAAUCUAUUGAUACACCACACAAUAAUAAUCCAGGAUCAUCAAGUACAACACAUUUAAAUUCUAAUAUUUUCAUGUCAUCAAGUAUUGAUGGUACGAUAAAUAUUUGGGAUAUUCGUACAGCUAAUCCAGUUAUUAGAAUUGGAGUUUCAGAAGGUACACCACCAUGGUGUAUGUCACUGUCAUGGUCAAAUAAUGGAGAUUUUAUUUAUGCAGGUAGAAGAAAUAGUACAAUUGAAGAAAUUUCAAUUAAAAUGCCUCAUAAAAAGAGUAAUUCUGGACAUCAUAAAGAUACAAUGAUUCCAAAUAUUUCAAAAUUAUUACAAUUUCCUAAAAUUUCAGGUCCUGUUAGUGCUUUAUCAACUAUGCCAAAUGAUGAUUUUUUAUUAUGUGGAUCAAAUGAUAAUAUAAGAUUAUAUAAUUUAAAAUUAUAUGAUGAUUUAAAUAAUGAAAAAUUUAAUUUGAAAAAACAAGCAACUCCAUUUUUAAUUAUUCCUGGUCAUCAUGGUGGUAUGUUAUCUCUGUUAUAUGUUGAUGAAACUGGUAGAUUUAUGGUUAGUUCAAGUGGUUAUCGUGGUUGGGGCCAUGGGGCAUUUACUGAUAGUGUCUUGGUUUAUGAAAUUGAUUUUCAAUAA